AUGAAAUUCUGUACUAGCCUCUUGUCGGUGCUUUAUUUAGUGAGUUUACAUAUUUUUACAUGUGAUACAAGGCUAAUUCCCCAAAAAACUUGCCAGAGACUGAAACUGGAAAAAGACACUGAAAACCUCUACAACAAAACAGCCAGGUUCAAAGAACUCUUUCCUAAAGACAACAUUACAGACAUUCAGUUUUUGACAGAAGAAUUGAAACAAGAUUUUAUGGCUCAGAAAAACUGCAAUCUGAGGAACAACUUUCUGUCUUUCUACAUUAAGACUUUCCUAGAAAAACCUCCAGUCCAGGAAAAGGCUAAGAAACUUAAAAUUAUCCAAGAUCUGAUGGUUAUCCAGGACAUGCUUCUGCACUGUAAAAAAAGUCACUGUGACCAUAAAGAAACUGGAAUUAAAAGUCUCACAGAACUGAAAAUCAAAAUUCGCCAGAUUAACGGGAACAAGGUAUUAUGGAAAGCCAUAAGCGAAAUGGAUACACUUCUUGAGUGGAUUUAUGAGUAUGUUGAAGAGAUGUUAUGA